AUAAAAGGACAACGUCAUCCAUCACUAUCACAACAUAAACCCCCUCACUUUCUGAACUCAAGUCAAUCUAUAUCUUCUUUUGUGGUGAAUAUACUUACAUAGUAUCAUAUACAUACAAUGGCAGAAGCUAAAGCACAGAUUUUUGAGCUGAACAAUGGCACCAUGAAAGCUUGCAUCUCCAACUAUGGCUGCACUAUCACUUCUUUGUUUGUACCUGACAAGAAUGGGAAAUUAGCUGAUGUUGUUCUGGGAUUUGACUCUGUGGAGCCUUAUUUGAAAGGUGCUGCUCCUUAUUUUGGCUGCAUUGUGGGUCGGGUUGCAAAUAGGAUCAAAGAGGGAAAGUUUACACUGGAUGGGGUUAAUUACUCUCUCCCCAUCAACAAUGGACCGAAUAGUCUCCAUGGCGGGCUUAAAGGAUUUGACAAGGUGCUUUGGGAAGUUGUUGAUUACAAGAAGGGAGAAAAUCCAUCCAUUACCUUCAAAUACCAUUGCCGUGAUGGCGAGGAAGGAUAUCCUGGAGAUGUUUCUGUGACGGCAACGUACACUCUAACUGCAAGCACUAGUAUGAGGCUUGACAUGGAAGCAAUUCCUGAAAAUAAGCCCACUCCAAUAAAUCUAGCUCAGCAUACCUACUGGAAUCUGGCUGGCCACAACUCAGGCAACAUUCUGGAUCAUUCAGCUCAGAUAUGGGCAAUGCACAUCACCCCUGUAGAUCAGAACACAAUCCCAACUGGAGAAAUUAUGCCAGUUAAGGGCACUGCAUUUGACUUUUCUGCAGAGAAGAAGAUUGGAAGUUCUAUCAGCGAAGUCCCUGGCUUAGGAUAUGAUCACAACUAUGUCCUUGAUUGCGGGGAUGAAAAAUUGGGCUUGAAACAUGCUGCAAAGUUGAAAGAUCCAUCAAGUGCAAGGGUUCUCAACCUAUGGACCAAUGCUCCAGGUAUGCAGUUUUACACAGGAAAUUAUGUUUCCGGAGUUGUUGGGAAAGGUGGAGCGGUGUAUGGUAAACAUGCAGGCGUUUGUAUGGAGACUCAAGGAUUUCCAAAUGCUAUUAAUCAACCAAACUUUCCAUCUGUAGUUGUUAAACCUGGCGAGAAGUACCAGCACAGCAUGUUGUUUGAGUUUUCAGCAGAAUAAGCAAGUACCAUAAAUUAGUUGUAGGACUCAAAAAAUUAUCUGAGUGAGGAAUGGAAUAAUACAUGUUUCUAGACUGUAUGCGUGAUGCGAGCAGAACUUUGAAAUGUCGUGUGGAUGAUGCUGAAUUUUGAACUGCCUAUGGUGACAAUGAAACUUGUUUGAAAAAUUCAGAUGUUAACUCAUUUUUAAGGUAAAUGGUCGACAUCUAGUUUAUUUUUUA